AUGCCCAGAGCAUCAGAAACGGAGAGACCACUGGUGAAAUUGGAUUUCAAGGAACAGCUGAUCCAAUCGGGCAAGAGGGAUACUACGGAUGCAUUAUUGAAGAGGAUCAAGAUAUUACAUCAGAAAUUAUCGGUCCUCGAACAAGAUGGAGUAGACGUUCGAUCGUUAGAUCCUGUUAGGAAACCUCUGAUUAAAGAUACGAUCUUACAUCAUAAAGAUCGAGGAGUCAAGGCAUAUGCGGCAUGCUGCUUGGCAGAUUUGUUGAGGCUCUACGCUCCUGAUGCUCCUUACUCCGAAUCUCAAUUGAGGGACAUAUUCGCCUUCUUCCUCGUCCAGAUCACCACCAACCUCAAACUAUACACCAACUCCACACAGCCUCUCCAGAUCAACAGGAACAAAUCAAAUAUAUUAGAUAAUCAACCUUCACAACAAAGUCAGACUCAGACACAGCGAGUGACUGAUAUACCGUAUUAUACGGAAUACUACCAUUUGAUCGAGAGUCUGGCGACGAUCAAGAGUAUAGCGUUGAUUUGUGAUGUACCUGAAUCGGAUACGUUGACGGAGGGGUUCUUUACGGGGUUUCUGGAUAUAAUCAGACCCGAUAUGAACAAAACCCUCAUUCGACAUCUUCGAGAUAUCCUUGUAUCACUCAUUGAAGAAGCACACCAGAUACCUCAAGGUGUUAUGGAUUGCCUGAUCAGUCAAUUUGAGAAUUAUGCAUCACGACCUGAGGUACUCUCUUUCCAACUCACGGUCGAUGUCUGCAAUCAAGUGGCCGACAGACUCAAGCGACCGAUUUACGCACAUUUUUCCGAGAUUCAAGCAUCACAUGGACGUGAUCCCUCCAAUAAUGAUAUGAAGAUCAUCACCGAAUCCCAUGAACUUCUUCUUACGAUAUACAAGUUCUGUCCUGAUCUCCUCCUCAACGUCGUUCCUUUACUCGAGGACAACCUGAAAGUCCGAGAUGAAGACAGAUUACGUCAACUGUCGGUCAAAACCUUAGGAGCGAUCUUCGCUCAACGCCCUGGAGCUGAAGAUCCAGCUAGAAAGUACCCAUCAGCUUGGAGAGCAUGGUUAGGUAGGAAAGUGGAUAAAGCGUUACCUGUCAGAUUAGCUUGGGUGGAAGCCACUAAGGAGGUCUUGGUCAACCAUCCUGAAGUCAGGCUAGAGCUGCAAGGUAACCUGCUUGAACGAGUCGAAGAUUCAGAUGAAAGAGUCAGAGCUGGCGUAUGUAAAAUCAUCGGAGCGCUAGAUUACGAGACCGCUCUACAUCAUAUUACCUCCGCGACACUGCAAGCCAUAAGUGGAAGGAUGAGCGACAAGAAGUCAUCGGUACGAACAGAAGCAGCCAAUGCUCUGGCCAAGCUAUGGAACCUGGCAUACUCAGAGAUCGAAUCCAAUAACGCAGAUGCUAUCAAGCAAUUUGCUUGGAUUCCUGAAGCUAUUCUGGGAGGUACCCGACGAGGAGGAACGCUGGAAUCACGAUGGCAGCUCGCUUCCAUCUUCAAGAAAUCCAUUCUUCCUCUUCCUACCGAUGCAGAUGACGAACAAGCUUGGGUAGACCGAUUGAUGUUCGUCACUUCAAGGUUAAACGAUGAUGCUCUUUUGGGUCUGAAGAUCAUCACGGGUCUUCCGGAAUUGGCCCAAGGGAAUUUGCCAUUCAAGGCUUUUGUGCAAGCAUGUGAAGACUACAACGGUGGUGUGAUUGCUGAUGGUGGUCAAGACGCUAAAGCAAGAUUGAAUUUCAUCAUUGAUGCUAUGGCUCGAUCAUACUUUGGUGAUGUCGAUAAAGCGAAGAGGGAUUUACAUGCGUUUGCAGCCUCAAACGAAGCAAGGUUAUUCAAGCUGUACAAGACCUGUGUGGAUAUUCAGUCGAAUCUGUCUUCUAUCAUCAAAGCUAGAAACGAGUUGCUUCGAAAGGUACAACAAGCCCAUGAUGACCUUCUACAAACGAUCACUUCCCUCGUUGACAUAUCGACCUGGAACAUCGUUAAUCAAUCUUCGAUUCCACCCCUUAUUCGCCGAAUCUCCAAACCCGAAUCCGAAGCGUCUUCCACUGCCGCUGCCAAGAUAUUAGCUAUCAUAGCUAAAGAAGGAGCGCCAAUGUUUAAGACUCAUACUGGACAAUUGACGGUAGCAAUGAUGGAUAAGAAGAAUGAUAAAUUGGUGGAACUGGCUUUGCAGGCUUUAUCGGCUGUUUGUAAAAUCUACCCGGAAGUCGCUCCUGCUGAACAUCGACCGGUUGAACGAGCCACCACUGUCGCUCUUGAAGGAACACAAAGACAAGCCAAGUUCGCUGCUCGUUUCCUGGCGAGAAGCAAAGAACCUCAAGCUUGUGAGAAGCUUGUUGCUAGUAUAGUAAAAGGAUUCAAGCAGACCAGCGGUACAGAGCAGCUUCUUACUCAUCUUCGAGCUUUGACCGAGCUCGCUUUGUCUCAACCUCAAGCGAUACAAUCAAAGAGUGAUGAGAUCAUGACUUUCAUUAUGAACGAAAUCAUGUUGGCUCCUUCCCCAUCUGCUGAUAUCGAGAGUGGCGAUGAAUGGGUCGAGAUUGAAGAACUUGAAUCACUCGACCGAGCCAAGAUACUAGGAUUGAAAUUCCUCACUCACAGGUGUCUUGCUUUCGCCCGAGAUGAAGAAGCUGAGAAAAUCCUUAAACCUGUUUUGUCCUUGUUGAUGUCAGUUUUGGAUAAUGAGGGUAUGAUCAAUGAGAAUACCAAGGAAGGUGGAUUUGCGCGAUGUCAUCUCCGUUUACAAGCUAGUACAUGUCUACUCAAAUUAGCCAAUGCGAGAGUGUAUGACCGAGCUAUGGCCCGACAAACUCAAUUUGACGUUGUCGUCGGUGUAAUCCAAGACGCUUGUUAUAUGGUUCGACACCUGUAUCUGAAAAAACUCAACAAGGUGUUACCUACUCAACGAUUGUCGCCCAGAUGGAACAUUACUCCUGUCAUGAUUGCUAUGGAUCCUGAAACGGAAAAUGUAGUAGCUGGUCGUGGGAUCAUGCAGAAGAUUGUGGUGGCUUGUACCAACUUCUCUACUUUCGACAAAAUAGAAAGGAUCGAAAUGCCUUUAGCGAGAUUAUUACAUUUCCUCGCUCAUCAUCCUGAUUUGCACUGGACUGAUCCUGAAGAAGGUGGUGAAGAAGGUAUCUCGGACCAACAGAAUCUGAAAGAUAUGGCGAGCUUUAUCGAACUGUACCUUGACUGCGUUGCUAAUCGAGACAACAUCGGAUUACUGUAUGCUAUCGCUCAGGGACUGAAGGGUAUCAGAGAUCGUGUAGGUGACAACAGUAAACCUUUAUGGACUUUGGCAGAACUGGCUCAAGUGAUCAUCAAGAACCGAGCCGAUAAACACGCUUGGUCCAUACCGAUUUAUCCUGGACAUUUGAAAUGGCCAAAAGAUAUCUUCCAUCAUGCUGAGAACCUCGAAGAUAAACAAAAAGUACAAAGGACACAGUAUUUGAGUGAGGAAGUCGGGAAUUGGGCAAGAGGUUUGGGUAGGAGGAAUAUCAACCCUGUUUCACAACCUGUUCGAAAGGUCGAGCAUAACAAUACCUCGCCUAGUAAUGAGAAUGGAAAUUCCAACAAACGUAAAUCAACAACGAGAACUAAGAAGACGCCAAAGAAGCGAAGAAGGAUCGAAGAGAGCGAAGAUGAGGAUCAGGAUUCAGAGGACGAGGAUGAGUCAGAUGAAGACGGAGAUGAGAGUGGAAGUGGAAGUGAGGAAGAUGAGGAUGAAGAGAUGGGAGAAGAAGGUGAAGAUGUUUUAGGAAGAGGUGGAAGAAGGGGAGCAAAGACAAAAGCCAAACGAGCUGUCGCAGGUAAGAAGAAGAGCAAGAAGAUUAAAUCCAAGAAGGAAGAUGAUGAUUCAGAUUUGACGGAUUUGUCAGAUUGA